UGUCUGAAAUAAUGAUACUUUUCCAAAUAGCUGGAACUAUUGGUCCAAAUUUAGUUCUAUCAGUGGUCUUGUGUCUACAGGAAUACUGAAGUAGAGCCGAAUGCAUUUGAAUCAAAUCAUUCGGCAUUUUAAAAAAAAGGAAAUGUUUACUAAAAUCUUCGAUUACUUGACUUCUCUUUUUCGCGGCAACGGUGCAGAAAGUGUCCCGAACGUUACUGAAAAAUCAUUCCCCGUCGCUCGAAAUCCAACCGAGUCGAACCAGAAAGGCGCAUUAACCAUAGAUAAAAGGGGCCUUAAAUGUAGUGGCUUUGACUGGGAUUAUCCAAAGACUGUCUGGCUAACAGUUCUAUCAAUCCCCAUGACUGAGGAAACUAACAUUCCCAUGACUGAGAUGGGCAGUGACGAACCAAAAAAUUCACAGCUUGUCCCAGAUCCGGAAGAAGUCUUAGACGACUGUGGUUCGGGAAUAGAAAGAUUCACUAGGAUGAUCAAUUUUACAUUGGGCGUGCUUGUCUUCUUUCUCCAGUUGUUGUCGGAAAUUCCGACGGACGAAGCUCACAGCCAUCGUCCGGGUGCCAACCCUUUGGCCGAAGAAGGCUAGACUCAGACGAGUCACCCUCGGUGGAGUGCCG